UCAAACUCCAAUUGGUCAGGCUCAAUAAAUACAUUAUUAUCCAUGCAUUUUACUUUCGCGUUUGGCAGUGUUUUAGUUUUAGUUUUAGUAGUGGUGCUGUUCUGAUAGUAACCGGCUGUGUCGUGACAACUAUGUCGACGGUAUUAUUAGCUGCCGUAGCUGUCAUCAUUUGUAUUCUCUUCCGAAUUUUAAAUGUUAACAGUGAACCCCACAAGCCUUCGAUAUGGUGCGCCGAUAAUAAGUUCCUCAACAAUAUCCAGAAGAUAGCACCUGUCCUCAACGAACACUACAUUCCAACUCGACUUUGGGGUUUCAGCGGUCACGUGCAAACAAUCCUUCAUAGUAUUAUUGGUAGAGUGAAAUGUCCUUGGCCUACGGGAGAAAGGGUAUUCCUCACACUGCAAGAUGGCACAACAUUAACCUACGAUAUGUAUCAACCAAUAGACACUCACUUUCCAGAUGAUGUGAGCAUAGCAAUUUGUCCUGGAAUCUGUAAUACAUCUGAAAGUAUCUACGUACGCACAUUCGUACAUUGGGCACAGUACCACGGCUACAGAUGCGUCGUGUUGAACCACGUCGGAGUACUGAAGAACGUUCCUGUGACUGGACCCAGAAUCUUUAAUUAUGGCGAUUCUGAAGAUUACCAAUCAAUGAUUAGAAACAUCGUAGUGCGUUAUCCAGAAACGAAGGUAGUCUGCGUAGGAUUCAGUUUAGGAGGUAAUCUUAUAACAAAAUAUUUGGGAGAGAACAAACCAAAACCGCCAAACGUCAUCGGAGGAAUAUCAAUUUGCCAAGGAUAUUGCGCUCUAGAAUUUUUCAAAGUGUCUACUGCCCUUACAGAAUGUGGAGGAGGCACCAAACACAUGCUGAGCUGGCAAAACUUCAGAAGAUUCUACCUAUACGUCAUGACUGAAAACUUAAAGAACACCAUUCUAAGACACCGCAAAAUGUUGCUUUCCGAGGAAUUGAAGAAGCGAUUCAACUUGAACGAACACGAGAUCGUAUCUGCCGCCACAUUGCCGGAGUUAGACGAGGCGUAUGCAAGAAGAGUGCAUCAAUUUCAAUCUAUAUCCGAGUACUACAACUGGAGCUCGAGUAAAAACUAUUUCGAGCAGAUCAAGGUUCCUAUGAUCUUUAUUAAUGCUAUGGAUGAUCCAAUUGUACCACCUCCCUUGUUAGAUCCGGUUAAGAAAUUAGCAAUGGACAAAGAGAAGACUGCAUACAUCGAGGUCUCCCACGGAGGUCACUUGGGCUUUUACGAAGGCGGCCUCAUCUAUCCGAAUCCAGUAACAUGGCUCGACAGAUCUCUAGUAGCUCUAGUCGGUUGUCUAACUCUCACAGCAGACGAACUGGCUAUGAAAUCAAUGUUAGAAAUAUGAUAAAGAUAUAUUAUGAUAAAUAUAACAAAUAUGUAACUAUAUUUGUGGCUUGCAUGCAACUACUUGUCCUCGAGAUGAUGUGUGACAUCAGAGCUUUAACCAUUUUGACAGUUUAUACACUUAAUAUUAUUGUUUUAGUACGUGGGUCUAACUCUGGACUUUUUUACUGUUGACAUUGAGCACAAAAGUCCUUUUAAAAAACAGAUUGUACCAAGUGUAUAAUUGUUUUAUAUUGAUUGGUCGUCAUGUUUGAAAAGGUCGUCAUCAUCAACACAAAUAUUUUCUUCGAUUAAUUCAAAACUAACAAGGUAUUUGUUUUGGGGAAUACCUUUGAGGAAUAUACCGCAAAAAGAUUGCUAAUGUUAUCCAUAGUUCCAUUAACCUUGUUUUGACUUCUUCCUUCUCAGCUUUUUACAAUUACAGUCUUUGUUCUUGAAUGUUUUUGAGAUUGUAGUCACCCAGACUCUUUCCCUAAUCAAGUCCUUUAUCUAGUCUUACCCAAUAUGCACCUUAACAUUUUCAUUUCAGCUACCUCAAUCUUCUUUUCUUGAAUCUUCUUUACAGACCACACUUUACCGUCAUACACCAACGCGGGUCUGACCACACUCUUGUAUACCUUUCCUUUCAGCUGUUGACGGCUAUGUCGGAGAACCACUGGUUUCGUCCACAAUGUUUUUAAAUGGAUCUUUUCACCAACGCCCCAGGCAACCAAAUAACGUUUACAAAACGUUGAAAAAACGUCAUAAUUAUCACCAAACCAUGUCAGUGUAUCACGUUUUUUCGACGUCGAAAGUCACGUGAAUAUGUCCUACCAUAACUGACGUCAUUUUUAUCACGUUUUAGAUACGUGAUAUCAAAAACGUAGUUUUUUUGUCGUUUUUUAAGAUUAUUUUUCAUUUUAUGGUUUUAAAAAUACACAAUAAUAAUUAUUCGUAUGGGCAUUGUUGGUAUUGAUAUUUUUCAUUUAACUGUUUUAAAUUUAGCUUAUAGGCUAAAAGUAAAACCAAAUGGAAGACUUUAUAAAAAAAAUGCAUAGAAUUACAAUAAAAUUACAAAUACCCUCAAUGCAACAUUAUAGAAUUUUCACUUUUUAUAUAGGUAUACUUACUGUGUCAAAACUGAAGCAACAUAUAAACUAAUAAAUAAUUUAUUAACAAAUUAUCCAGCAUAAUGUCUUAAUUUAACGUAACGCUGUCCAUUAAAUCAAAAAGUAUCGUGAACAACACAUAAUAAUUACUUCAUUAACAGAAAAUAAACACCAAAACACCAAAAGUCUUUUUUUAACCACACAAAGCACGUAAACAAUAGGGCGUUUCAUUCACAGUCAUUUGUUUCGAGAUUCUGUCAUAUGUCGUAUAAUCCGUGUAUAUUAAUAUUAUUCACAAAUUAUACAACAUAUUAUGACAGAAGCUCGAAAGAAAUGACAAUCGAUGAAAAGUUGGAGUUUAUAUAAUGAAGUUAUAAAUGCAGUUUGCCCUAUAAAUGAAGUUUGGGGUCAUGUCAAUAUACAACAUUAACAUUAUAAGCAUUAACUCUUUAAGCUCCUCCCAUUUUUGUGACGUCAGACUUGGGCUGUCUGAAAUGAAAACGUGUUUUAAACGUAUUUUAACGUCAUUAAUCUUACGUAUUUAAGUCACCUACAAAAUACGUUUAUACGACGUAAUGUUCAAACACGUGUAUUUAUUCAACCAUAAACUGAUGUUUUCUCGACGUUAUUGACGUCACUUGAUUGCCUGGGGCGUCCAAGUGAAGUCGCUGACCUUCGCUGUUCCAGAUAUUUCUGUACAACUGUACCCCUCUCAUUCGUUUCCAGUUAAACCAACCAGUCUGUGGACAAUUUCUCGAUCUACUUUUGAUGUGUAUUAUCAUAGUUAGUGAUAAGAAAGUCUAAAAUAUGUAGUAUGUCUUAAAUUAUAGUGGUGAACCCCCGUUGACUGUUCCCUUUUAGUUUAAGUGUUCAGCAGUUCAUAUAUAGGGUGGCCGAAAAGUCGCUUUACAUUAAUGAAUUGCUGUUGUUGUACUACAGAGGGAAAGAAUAAUAACACAAUUUUGUUUGUAAGUUAUUUAUGAUCGAGAGCAAAAUGGGAUGAGGCGCCAUCUUGUGAAAAUAAAGAAGGCCUUCACUUGUUAAUCCUUUCUCGUGUUAUCUUGCGUUAUUGACCGUGCAAUAAAAAACUCUGCAGAGCGUUUCCGCGUCGACUUUAUCGAUGAACGUUCAAUGGAAUCCUGAAUGCCAGCACAUAUUUUCGAGGGCUUGGUCUUCCACUUCUUGGUGCAUCGAGAACGGUUCCCGAUGAAAAAGCCUUCUGCCACGAGAGCAAAGUUGGUCUGGAUGCUGAUGGUUUUUGAAAACCAAAAUAUCGGCCAUUGUUUAUUGUUAUGACGACGUUCGUCUAUCCACACUGCAGCGACCAAACGCUUCUCAAUUCUAUACUCACUUGUGUCCGCCAUUACGUUUCAAUCGCAACUAUGGUUGUCUGUAUGCGUGACCAAACAGGUGAUCUUGAUGCUGCGCAUGCGCAGGAAUACCAACAAACGUUGAGUCGGUGUUGAAACAUUAUUAUUUUUAGUGUAAAGGGACUUUCCGGCCACCCUAUACAUGCUAGUCAAAGUCCCCUACCCCUCGUAUCAUUUCAACAGUUAUACUUAUAAUAGUGUUUAGAGGGAGGAAAUAAACGGACGUAAGUUUCUCAAAUAGUCAUAACAGGUUAUGUAAUAGUGACAGAUGACCUUACAGAGUAUAGAAAAUACCUAUUCAAUCAUACUAAUUUUGUUUGGGGUUAAGUUGAUUUUGAUGAAUAAAAUAAAUAUAAAAUUUUCGUUUCGCAUUUCAUUCAUAAAUAUUUAAACGUCCGCCUAUGGUUAUUUGUCAAAAAAGUUGAUGUAAAAAUAACUAGAGAAUAGGGCAUUCCAACGUGCUGUCAAAAUUAAAUCAAUAUGGCAGCCGGGAGGCAAACAUAAAUGUUAUUAUAUCAGUUCUUAAUGUGUUUUAGAUCAUUUUAGUUGUAUUUCUUUGUAAUUUUGUUUUGUACAAGGAUUAACAUUUUAACUAGAAGAAUUAAUUUAAAAAGAUAAUAUGCCUCAUUUCCGUUGUGUUUUGAAGUGUGAAAUGCGAAGUAUUCAUGAUAAAGUUCAGUUUUAUCGGUUACCAUCAGUGCUACAUGUUAAGCACAAAACAACUAAACAAGUUAUUAUCUGAGAGACAAAAACAAUGAUUAAAUGCUAUAAAACGUUUUAUAAAAAUGUUAAAUAACUAACCAUGUUCAUGUUACUUACGCUUGGAAAACGUCUAAACCGUAGGUUAAAUCAGACCGUUUGAGAGAAAGUCGACCUAUAUUAUUUAUUUUGCCAAUAUCUUGCUUGUAUCUAUCACUGUGCGUCUGGGCACUUACUAGCAACAUUUGUAUUGUCUACCAACAAUUUUAUAUGCACUCAUGUUAAUUUAUUCACUGCUUAAAACUAAAUAAGGUCAACUAAAAACUACACAGAAUCUACAACAAAAUGUUCGGAAAAUACAACUAAAAAACUGUUAACGGUAACAAACUUAUGAAGCAUGUGGUGCAAAUAAUAUAAACAAACACAAUGUUUGACAGUUUUCCUCCCAAACGUCAAAGUCUUGGAAUUGAACAACGUCAAAUUUUUUGACAAGUAACCAUAGGCCGACGUUUGAAUCUUAUUAAUUAAAGGCGAAACCACAAGUUUGGUAUUUAUUUCAUUUAUUUAUCAAAAUCAACUUAAACCUAAACAAAAUUAGUAAUUUUCAAUACCUUUCAAACGAGAUAUCACUUGCCAUGAGGUUCUAUUUAAAACGAUCGGUCAAAGUGGCUCUGUAACGUCAUCUGUCACUAUUACGUCACAUCUUAUGACUAUUUGACAUGCCUACGUAUUUAUUUCCUCCCUACAAAAUAGACAGCCUAAGUCUGACGUCACAAAUGUCACAAAAUUGGGAGGAGCUUAUAUUGACUCCAAACAAUUUUGUUUGUAACGUUAAAUGGUCAUAAGGAAUUUUUCUUUUAUGUGCUUUGUGUGGCAAAAUAAGACUUCAUUUAGGUAUUUCGUUAAAGAAACGUGUUAAUUAAGAGAUUUUUAUUCGUUUUUGCUCAGGUGGUUUUUAUUCCUUAGUGGUUGAAAAUAAACAUAACCUCAAAAGUGUUUACGUUCUAAUCAUUGCAUUAAAUUAACUCACCUGGGCAAAAACGAAUAAAAAUCUCUUAAUUGACACGUUUCUUUAAAUACCUAAAUGAAAAGUCUUAUUUGGUCACACAAACCAUGUAAACAAUAAAUUAAAAAUUCCUUAUGAGUGUUUAACAUUAUAAACAAAAUUGUUUGGAGUCAAAUAUAAGCUCCUCCCAAUUUUGUGACGUCAAGACUUAGGAUGUCCAUUCACUAUUAUAAGUAUAACUUUUCAAAAGAUACGAAGGGGGAGGGGACUUUUGACUAGCACUGUAUAACAAACUAACGAAAUAUUUUAUAUCAAGUUGAUGAAAGACCUUUGAAUGCAGGUAAGUAUUUAAAUAAAAGCUGGCUUUUAUUUAGUUGGUACUCCGAUAUGUUAUUUUUACAUUGCGUACAAUCUGAUUUUUAAAUACCUAACAUAGAUAGCAUUUAUAUGUCAGAUGUUCCAAUAUGAGCAUUAAUAAUUGUGUAUUGAUGUUCAUAGGCGUAGAUAGGGACUACAAAUAAUGAAAUUUGCCGUGCGCAACUUUGUUGAUGAAUGUUUGGAGGGUGUUGUACUUUGAAUAUUGCUCUGAAUAUUUCUUUUGGUUUCCACAAACUAGAAUUUGCUUUUAAUUUUACAUUAUUAACAUAUUUUCUACAGCUGUUGUAUUCAGAGUUCAAUAAUAUCUUUUAGUGGUAGGAAUUUUGUAACGGGAUGGAUGAGAAGUACUCUAUUUUCGCCUAUGUUGAUGUUUUAAGGUGCGUUAAGAUUUUUGCAUUUGCACUUAUAGUUGGGUCUUAAAAGAUUUUAAAGCUGUUACAAGGUAUUUUGCUUCUAGGUCAAAAGAUAUUGAUCUGUCGAUACCUAUUAUAAACCAAGUUUCAGAUUAUUUAUAUAAUGAACUGGGAUUAAUACAAUAUUAUAACCAAACAAGACAAAUUUUGGACUGAAUUGAUUAUUUUUUAUUAAGGUGUCAUAAAUUAAAUUUUUAUUGUAAAAAUCUGUGAGUCUAUUCAGCGAUAUGCGGUUAUUAAAAACUUUUCUGAGAUAUUCAAAAGAUCUGUAUGAUAUUUGAUCAUAAAAUGUUUUUAACCUCUGGAUAUUUUGAGCUUCUCCAAUGUGAUAACUACAGUACUUUAAUAGUAAAAAGAAGAUUAUACAAAAUGGCGUUUAAAACCGUUCAAGUUCCCGUCCGACUAAGGCUAACCUCAGGUAUGAUGUCCUUGAACUUUAACCUAGUUAUGUGACCUACAUUAACUUGUAUCAGUUUUGUACCGAAGCUGGAGGAUUCUGGACUGAAAGGUGAAAAUAAGUAUACUACGUUCGUUCCAAGAUCAGCUUAGACGCCAAUUUCAGAUACGUGAUGGAUAGGUGUCAUGUCUUCGCAGCUUACAAGAUGCGAUUACACGACACAUCUACCGAUCAGGCGUCUGAAACUGGUGUCUGAGCUUACCUUUGGAACGAACACAGUGUAGAGAAAAUUACAUCUAAAUAGAUCGUUCAGACCUUUGAAAUAUCAAAAAAAAAAUGUUAUUAUAUUUCUCAGAAAGCUCGGGCUGGUUUCCUUGUCAUUUAUGAGCUCAUUACGGAAAUUUUUGCUGGAUUUAUUUUUAUUCAGGUAUUUGAAAAUAUUUGUUAUUUGUUAUAAAAGUAUGUUAACCCUUUAGAAUUCGUACAGGAGUAUUGCUCCUACAUUCAUAGUUAAUGUCUGUGAUAACUAUGUGAUAUGUCUACCAAAAACUAAAAACGAAAGUUUGCUAAACAUUUAAAUUCUGGUCUACUAUUGGAAAAAUCAUUUUAAUGUAUAGAAUAUCAUUGUACUAUGUUCUUAAACAGUUAAUCCUAAAAUAGUUACAUAUUGUACAACAGAAAAUUAAUUUUGGUGUAACAUCAAAGAUAGUGUACACAGGAUCCUCUGGGCAUAUCUGAUUCAUUUAUGUUUUGUGUUAAUUAACAAUGAAAAAUAUUCAAUUUAUCCACUUGAAUUUUGUUCUCAAUGCCGUAAUAAAAAAUACGACCUAUUGUUGAUGCUUAUUUUAUUUUAAAACAGUGAGUGUUUUUCUUAUUUAUAUAUCCUAUACUUAUAAGACAAUAAUUUAAAACCUCUAUAGCUGUCUAAAUUGCCAAUAUACCAAAGAACUUCCACAAUGUUGUUUACUGUUUUAUUCUGAAAUCUCAGUAUUAUUAUUUUAUUGUUCUUACUGAUACAUUCCCAAAGCCUUACGUCUAUAAAGAUUAUAUGAAAUUAUUAUACGUAAAUAAUUUAGAACUGCUAUUUUUAAUUUGCAAUUCGGACAUAUAUGGCCCAACUAUAACUAACUUGCCAGCGAUUCUGUAAUUCCCAGUGAAACUGCAGAUCAUUUCUACAGUUUAUGUAGUUAAGGAUUUUUAUUUAAUUAUCGUUUUAUUCCUUUUUGUUUUCAUUGAUUAAAAAUAACCGAAAUCGAUUGGGAAAUUUUAAAAAUUAUGACACUCCUUCGAACAUUGCAAAUAAAAGACGGACAUAUAUGACCCAACUAUAACCCAACUGUACUUAUUGUGAUACCUAAUUUAUAGUAAUAGAUUUGAUGUUAUUUAUUAAACAUAAAUUGAUAGAAAAGUAUUAAAAGUUACUUAUUUUUAUAAAUUUUGUACAGUGUAACCAAUUUUAUUGACUGCCUAGAUUGAAAAUAUAUGAUUGCGUAUUUUGUAAUUUUGUUUGAGAACUUGAAAACUUUUGGAAAUUGUUUAUGUGAAAUAAAUAGAAUUUAUGUUUG